GCUCUGCGAGGCGUCGAAGACGAAGAGGAACGCAUCGGUGCCUGCCGGCGCGGCUCCGAUCGCGGCCAACCCGAUGGAGGCGGACUCCUCCGGCGUCGGCGGCGGCGGCCAUCAGCGGCCUUCAUGCACCGGGCGGCGCCCUGGCUGGGCCUGGGCACCGUGCAGGGCGCCGCCCCGGAACCGGGCUCCCUGCCCCCGCUAGAUGCCGCGGACCGCGACCUACUCACUCCCUGGGUCGUGGUCAUCGUGUUCACCGUGUUCCUGAUAGGAUUCGCCCGAGGCGCCGACGACCUGUUCCAGGACAUGGGCCUGGAGGCUUACUAUGAGGACGAAGACCGAUACAUGACCCGGACCAUCAUGACUCCAGGAUUGUCGAGAGAGCACCUGGAACUGACAAGACAGAGUUCGUCGCUUGGAAGAGUGGACGAGGACGAGCCAGGAGGCGCGGUCACUUCGUCGUCGACGUCGCCGACGAUGAGGUGUGACCGCCGCCGCCAUCGCCGCUCGGGCAGCCUUCGUCGUCGGAGGCGCGACACACUCAGCAUGCAGGCCGUGCAGAGCAUCGCCGAUCGGCACAAGCCCAAAAACGUGCCGAAGCCGCCGGACAAGCCGGACAGGCCGGCCUGAGGAGCAAGACACGGCUUUUUUUUUUGUACUUUUUUUUUCUCGAGGAAACAAUCUCGCAACGUAUAGAGCUUAUCGAAAAGAAGUAAAAUUUCGAGA